AGGGGUUUUCAACCGGUGGUCCGCGGACCCCUGGUGGUCCGCGGCGGCAUUGCAUGUGGUCCGUGACAAGAGCCUAUGUUGAUCAGUUCACCAUUGUUUUUUUUUAAUAUAAAUUCGCUUUGAUAUUUCAACACAUUUCCAGAAUACCGUUACAUAUCGUGAAAAAUAUGUUUAAAAUAAUAUAAAGGAAAUUCAAGCUGACAGAAUGUAGCCUUGCGCCUAUCCAGUCUAUGGUAGCCUGUGAUUCGCUAAUGGUAAUGAGUUGCGUCGCUAACCUCACUUAUUAUUCAUUACGUACAGUCUUGCGAGCAAAGUUGACACACAUUUAUAAGCAUAGCCGACGAGAGUAUUUUAAGAUAGGUUGUAGUACAGCAAACAUUUGUUACAUAUGUACUAGUCUAGCUAUAUAUCUAGCACCAAUGGAUCGUUUUGUAGUGAGGAAAGUGCCAGAGGGACAGGCUGCCAUGACAGAGGGUCAGGCUGCCACGACAGAGGGACAGGCCGCCACGAUAGGGCAAGGACAGGCUUCCGAAGCGUCAACUUCGCAAAAAAGACGAAAAAGAAAAUACAAUGAGGAAUAUGUUAAAUAUGGAUUCACAGUGACGACAGACAGAGCAGGAGAGGAGGUACCACUGUGUUUCGUAUGUUCAACAAUUCUCUGUAAUGAAGCUAUGAAGCCGUCGAAACUUACGCGGCAUAUGGAGACGCAUCACGUCCACUUGAAGGCCAAACCCGUUGAGUACAUGCAACAGAUGUUGCGUGAUUUCAAAGGACAGCAGGCUACCAUGAGGAAGAGUGCAAAAAUAAAUGAAAACGCACUGAAAGCAUCGUAUCUGGUCGCUCUCAGGGUUGCAAAAAGUAAGAAGCCCCAUACCAUUGCAGAGCAGCUUAUAUUGCCAGCAGCCAUAGAUAUGUGCAGAGCUAUGGUAAGCGAAGAAUGUGCCAACAAAUUAAAAACUAUUCCGUUGUCAGACAACACAAUCGGAAGACGAAUUGGGGAAAUGGCAAAUGAUGUCAAAGACCAGCUGAUGGCAAAACUUCAGACAGUUCUGUUUUCCCUUCAAAUCGACAAGACGACAGAUGUUACUAAUGAUGCGCAACUGUUAACAUUUGUGCGAUACGAGGACAGUGGCACUAUGUGCGAGGAAUUUCUUUUUUGCAAACCACUGCCCGGGCGAACUACCGGUGUAGAAAUAUUUAAAGCACUGGACGAUUUUUUCACGGAGCACAAUAUCUCGUGGCAGAGGUGCGUUGCAUUAUGCAGCGAUGGGGCCCGAGCCAUGAGUGGCAGCAAGACUGGACUGUUUGCGCAUGUAAGGAGGGUGGCUCCGGGGGUAAUUUGGACACACUGCCUGAUUCAUAGAGAGGCUCUCGCCUCCAAAGAUCUCAGUGUUGAGCUCAGUGGUGUGUUUGAUGUCGUUGUCAAGACGGUCAACUUCAUAAAACGAAACGCAUUGAAUACACGCCUGUUUUCAUCCCUAUGCCAUGACUUGGGAAGUGAACACAGCUCUCUCCUUUAUCAUUCAGAGGUGCGUUGGCUGUCUCGCGGCGCUGUGCUCGCCCGUGUGUUUGAACUACGCGGAGCUAUCUACGAGUUCUUGUGCGAGAAGCAUUCUGAUCUGGCUUCCAAUUUCAACGAUAGUUACUGGUUAACUAAGCUGGCGUACCUCACAGAUGUUUUUGCAGAGCUGAACAAGUUGAACAGCUCCAUGCAAGGGAGAGAUGCAAACGUCAUGCAGCUCUACGAGAAGCUCGACGCAUUUGUGAAAAAAAUGUCAAAGUGGAUCGAACGAGUGGAGAGCAAUAACUUGGCGAUGUUUCCUUCAGUUGAGGAAUACCCUGACAGCACUGACAUCAACGACACUAUAUGUGAGCAUUUGAGGAAGCUUGUGCGUCAAUUCGCAAAGUACUUCACUGAUUCGGAAGAGUGGCGCCGUGACAGCAAGUGGAUCCUGCUCCCAUUCAGUGACGAUGCAUCAGUAGGGUCAAGUCUGACGGCUGUGGAAGAGGAUAAGCUGAUUGAGAUGUCCACAGACUCUGUCAGGAGGCAUAUGUACGACACACAGCCCCUUGUUAAAUUCUGGAUAAGUUGCCAGACAGAAUUUCCACAGCUUGCUGCAAAAGCAAUGAGGUGUCUUUUGCCCUUUCCAACCACAUACCUGUGUGAGAGUGGUUUUUCUACACUGGCGUACUUAAAGAAUAAGUACAGGGCUAGGCUUGAUCCAGAGAAUGACAUGAGACUGUCUCUGUCUACCAUUUCGCCACGAAUAGACAGGCUGUGUGGACUUCACCACGCCCAGAUAUCACACUGACAGCAGGUGAUUGGUGACAGGUCUGUCCUGGCUGGGUUAUAAAAGCCCUGACCAGCCAGCAGUUGAGGCUGCCUUGGUCUUCAUUUGUUGGAUUUUGGUUCUCCGGUGUUGUUGGAUUUUUGUUCUCCGUUGUUGUUUUGUCACACACCUAGACUGACUUUGCAUGACAUUUUUAGUUACUUUUCCCAAUACUGAAUUGCACAACACUUUAUUAUUCUUUAUUCUUUCUUUAAAAUAAUCUUUAAUUUAAUUUAAUUUAAUAAAUCUACUUUUAUUAUUAUAAAAUCUGCGUGGCCUCUCUUUCAUGUUUCAUGCAUUGAGCUAUGCAUGUAACACCAAAUACACACGCGCACGCGCAGGCACAUCAGUGGGCCGCGGAUUGCUUUCUAGUCCGAAUGGUGGUCCCUGGGACAAAACCAGUUGAAAACCCCUGUUCUAUAUAAUCUGAGUAGCCCCCUGCUGGACAUCACAGAGAAUGCAGAUUGAAGGCCUGAUAUAUUAGCUGUACUUUUUCACAACCUCAUAAAUCAUAGUAAGCUACAUGCUAAGCUAUAUGGGAGAACACAGUUUGGUGUGGUAGCUCACAUGCUAACAGCGAUAGCGUCAUCCUGAACAGGAAAAUGCGAUAGCAGCUGAUGUUUCCCAAUUACAAAUUCCCAUUUUCUUUUGAUGCUACAUUAAAUGCUGAUCAUGAUGUGCAUGCUGCUGGAGGUUCACAUGCAUGUUUUUGGGCAUCAGUUGUGGUUUUCCAACUUCACGUCUGAGUGUGUUCUGCAUCAGUUUGGAGACAGAUGGCUCUGA